UAUAUCUCUAACAGGAUGUUUGAAUGCUCAGUUUGUGGAUGAGCUGAUCGAGUGAUUGUGUUGAGCUAGCUGUUUGCCGAAUUUAUAGGCGAGGGGAAGGACAUCUUGAUGGUGAACUGUGGUCGUCAUUGAGAAGAGUUGGGAAGGGACAGGGCCAUGAGAUCUGUGCAUGCAAUGUUGCAGUAUGAUUAAUUCGGAUUAGAUUGUGGUGGGGCCAAAUAUUUGGUGUGUGCCGGAGCCUAUAGUUGCAACUGGUUGGCAUUGGUUUGCUUUCUUAUCAUUUUUGGCUGCUAUACCGAACCGCAUUGGGGGCAAGAGGCGUGUCGAGAACAUGGCUAUCGGCAACACGCGAGGAUGGUACAGCGAUGGUUCCAGAUUCAAGGAUUGAACAAUGUCUGGCAGCACCGACAGAUAGCUGACAUGUGAUGCACAUUGUUCAUCCUUCUAUCAGUCUAUUCUUUGUGAAGAUUCAGUCAGUCUAGCGCAUGAUCUGUUUUGAUCUCCGACAUCUCACAUGGUGGCUUCUGCUGUUGAAAUUUAUUUCUUUUGUGUACAUUAGUACAUGACAAGGAGUACAUUUUCAGCGUUACGCUAUCUAUGCACUUCUCCUGACAGAUGCCUAACACUGUGAUGUGCAUUGUUCAUGCUCCUUAUCAGCCUAUUCUUUGUGAAGAGUCCGUCAAAGCUGGUGUUGGUCCAACAGAUGAUCUGUUUCAUUUCCGGCAUAUCACAUGGUGACUGCUUGGUAUUGCUUCUCAUUUCUUCUAGGGUAUGGGAGUACAGGAGGUGGUUUGGUCAUAUGCAACGAAAACCUCCAGAAGCACCACUGGAAUUCUAAGGAGUAUGGAAAAUACGAGGGGCAGAGGACGACCAAAGUUGACAUGGUCGGAGGCGGUAAAAAGAGACUUGAGGGACUGGAAUGUCCCUAAAGAUUUGGCUCUUGAUGAUGGAAAAACACGUGUUAUAAAGGAAGGUGGAGUGCAUGCAUGGAGCUGUCAGUGCGCAAUCCAGGUAAACUACAGAAAACAGAGGCACUGCAUCGGGGUGCAUGUACUUCAGGAGCUAGAAACAGCAAUUUUCUGGCUGGAUCCAACAGAUGGCAUUGUGCAGUGUAGUUACAAGACGUCACCAUAGAGUUGAGCAACGCGUUCUCAACCUUGGCAGAGACAUUUCUCCUGAGCAAGCACAUGACAUACUACAUCACUUGGGCAUCACAAUGCAAUGCGAUAUUGCCAUCGUUUGGGAAUCCAAACGCCUCCGGCCUGGGACACCCUCAGGAGCUCACCGAAGAUCAUCGUGCUGAGAUACACCAAUGUUACCUCGAAGCGCCUCCCAUUGGUUGUGUACACGAUGCAGUGUCCCUUGACCGCUGAAGAGGUGCAACACUCUUCAUCUUCUUUGGCUGUUGCAGUCAGCCUCUUCCCCCCAAGUGAUGCCAUCCUUUGCCACUUCUUUGCCAAUUGAGGAAGUCUUUUGGCGCUGACCAUGGUUGGUUCGUGAUCUUGUUCUUCAGCUGUAAAUUUGGAGAAGUGAGUAAUCGAUGGUGUAAUGCUCAAUUGGUGGUGGAACGACCUGAUGCUGUUGAGCUUAGACGUUUGCUGAAUUUAUAGCCGAGAGAAAGGACAUCUUGAUGGUGAAGUGUAGUUGUCGUUGGAAAAGAUGGCAAGGGACAAGGCCAUGGGAUCAGCACAUGCACGAAUUGUUUAUAGUUCAAAGCAAUGUGUUAACACAAAUAUAGUCGUAUUACUGAAG